AUGCAUCUACGUUUUGUCUUAUUAGCUCUAAAUCAGUUAUGUAUAACGGCUCUCGCCAAUUUGACAGUUAUUGGGCAACAAGAAACAAAUCCAAGAAUUUAUUUUUCAAGAGAUAAAGAAAUCAUACCAUUCAUUGAAGACAAUUGGGACGCAUUGACAUUUAAUCAAAAGAAAGUCAAAUCAGCAUUACAUUCAAAUAUCAAUCGAACGUUGACAAGAGAUGAUCUGUUUCUCGCGAAAGAUUUAUCCGGUGAUUUAUAUUAUUCACUACGUGAUCAGGCAUUAGACAAAAUUGGACCAUUGAACGAGAGAAUAAAGGAAAUAAUGAAUCCAAAUCUUGGACGAUCACAAUCGCCCGGCAGUGUUCCAGUAUUAACUAGUAAUAAUAAUAACAGCAAUAAUGGAAAUAAUGCAUCGUUAAUUUUAACCCCUCCAUCGGCACCGAUUACUUCAACAUUUCCAUCUACAACAAGCCAUUCAUCUCAACAACAACCGCAGUUACAUGCGUCUCUAUCGGCGAAUAGUGUGCCAUCAAUUACUACUCCUCUAGUUCCAUUAGUCAAUGAAGUAACACGUCGAACAAGCAAACGAAAAUUAGCAAAUGAAAAUUCAAAUACCACAAAACGACGUGGUGAAAUUCCAAAACUUGAACGACUUGUACCAAAAGUAUUUCCAUUAGAAUAUCCCUAUAAUAAAGAAGGAUACAGAUAUCAUUUGGCUGAACCUGAUUCUCAUUCUCCCUUUCGUCAAAAAUUUGAUGAAACAGAAGUCUGGGCCGGAAAACCAAUACCGGGUCAUUUAUAUCGAAUAUUUUUAGAAAAUGAAUGUCUUCUUUCAUUGAACGAUCGAGCUCAACAAUUAAAAUUAAAUGAUGAUCGAUUGUCUAUUACUGGUGACAAGGGUUAUUGUUCUGUACGAUCAACACACUCUGUUUCACAUGGUAGUUGGUAUUAUGAAGUUACAAUUUCGUCGAUGCCAUCGAAUAGUGCUGCAAGAAUUGGGUGGGCACAAUAUCUAGCAAAUCUACAAACUCCAAUUGGUACAGAUAAAUUCGGUUAUUCUUGGCGUUCAAAAAAAGGAACUGUAUUUCAUGAAGCUCAAGGCAAUCAUUAUUCAGAUGGUUAUACUGAAAAUGAUGUACUCGGUUUUUUGAUUGUUUUACCUGAACCAACGAAUCAUUUGUUACCUCGAAAAUACAAAAAAUUGCCACUUGUCAAAUUUAAAAACUAUAUCUAUUUCGAAGAAAGAGAUAAUGUACGAGCAGGUGAAGCAAGUUUAAAAGAAACAAAUGGUGGAAAAAUUAUAUUUUAUAAGAACGGAAUUAAUCAAGGUGUUGCAUAUACAAACAUCUACGAAGGCAGUUAUUAUGCAGCUAUAUCGGUAUAUUAUGGAGCUACAAUGACCGAAACAAUACCAGAAACAUAUUGUGCACAUGCACUCAAUGAUAUUAUAUUUCAUGUCUCACAUGACGAACAAGAUAUUUUGAAAGAUACUCUUGAUUGUCAACAAGGUAUUCCGAAAAAUAGUAGCAGAAAUACAUUACGUGAUCCAGCAAAUCGUUGUCGAAGACUAGCAACACUAAGUGCUCCUGUAUUUGAAUGA